GUCUACAACGUCAAUGCCCGACAAUGCCCACAGGUUUUCUUUUUGUCAUUUUGGAUUGUGAAUAGAUGGUGAGAACUUGAUGGAUUCAUGUUGUGAUGAGUCUAUCUAGGUUAGAAAGCAGUGCUGUAGGCUGUGUAAGUGAGUAAUUGACUACGGCACUGUAGUAGAUCAACAUGUUGGUUGAAGAAACAUUAUGGUAGGCGUCUUGCGGUGCUCUCACUCAAGUGAGUCGGCGCGGUUGCGAUUGGAACCUCAGCAUCGAAACCUGAAGUAGGAGCUUGGACGAAACGAACAUCAUAGUGCGAAAGCAAAAGCGAGACUACCACAACUACAACCGACUACUUUCCUUGUUCGCAUCGUUGUGAACGGACUUCUUGUACCAGCAGCAGUCUAUUUCUUUGUGAAGAAGAGAAAAAUACUAUAGCACUACGAGGACUAGCAGCGACAACUCCAACUCCAAGAUGUUGGCGAAUCAGAUCACGGACAAGCUGAAAAACGCGCUGCGGGAGAACUUGAAGGCAGAUGAUAGGGAAUUUGUCAACCCCUGGCAGGGUGACAAGUCUACCCUUCUCCUAGAUGCACGCGCAUUUCACGCAACCCCGAUCGAAACGGACAAAUGCUGUCGGUUGAUAACGAAGAUCCUGUACAUGCUCUUCCAAGGCCAACGAUUUACGGGAGACGACAUGACGGGACUCUUUUUUGGAGUGACGAAGCUGUUUCAGAGCGCGGAUCCGAAAUUGAGGAGGCUGACGUAAUUUUCAGUUCUUGUUGUGACCUUAUAAUAUUAUACAUUUUUCACCCUGAUGAUUGAUACAUGAAGAUAUCUCGAGUAGUAGAUAUACAGAGAGAGAUAAGAGGAUGCAUACGCAUAGUUCACUUGAAACCAAGGUAUGGUCCUCUUUACCUCCCUCCAAAAUAAAGGUACCUUGUGAUCAAGAACCUCGAGCCCUCCGAGACAGAAGCUUUCAUUGUCACGUCAUCACUGAUCAAAGACGUAAAUAGCAAAAGCGACUGCAACCGCGCCAACGCCAUUCGAGUCUUGUCCAAGAUUCUCGAUGUCCAGAUCGCCAACCAGAUCGCCGAUCGCUACCUCAAAACCGCUAUCGUGGACAAAAACCCGUUUGUUGCGAGCAGCAGUUUGGUAUGCGGUAUCUCUUUGACGAAGAUGGUGCCAGAUGUGAUCAAGAGGUGGGUCAACGAAAUCCAGGAGAGUGUAACGGCGCAGGCGGGAAGCAUGGUGCAAUAUCACGCAUUGGCGUUGUUGUACGAAAUUAAGAAGUCUGACAGGCUGGGUUUGCACAAAGUGAUCACGAAUUUGGCGAAGAACCAAUUGAAGAACCCGAUGGCGGAAUGCUUGUUGAUCAGGUAGUGGAUUUUUUGACUUACUUAUAAGAAACGAGUUCUAAGCGACGAAGCAUCUGAAUUUAAUGGGUGUCGGGAUCUUUCAUCUUCAAAGAAUCAAUUAUCAUCUACCAUCUGCAAUGACGUAGGUACUCAGCAUCAGCACUUAUGGCGCAGGAUAGGGAUCCGGGAAUAGAGAAGCCACUCAUCGCUUACAUAGACAGCUGCCUGAAGGCGAAGCAGAAAGCCGAGAUGGUACUAGCUAGAUCAAAUGUAAAUGAACUCCUAGAACUGCAAAAAAACAAGAUACAUCAACGACGCAUUGACCCUGAUGUUGACAGCACCUCAAUCUCAAUUUAUCCUCCACCACGCAGGUAACCCACGAGGCUGCCCGUGCCUUUGUCAACCUUAUUAUUUCGGAGUCCAAAAACGAUCCCCAUAUCAAUCACGUUUUUGGCGUAGACUUCUCUCGAGCGGUGGAUAUUUUGCAGAUCGGCCUAACUUCAGCAAAGCCCGUCAUGAGAUUCGCAGCGGCGAGAACUCUGAACCAAUUAGCGCAGCAUCGACCGGAAUUGGUGUCGCGGUGCAACCAAGACAUGGAGCCGCUGUUGUCGGAUCCGAAUAGAAGUAAUGAAGUCUAAAAAUCUAAAUUUUUGUAACCUAGUCGUCCUUGUUAUAUUAAUGUGCGCAUGAUAAUCAAUGUAGUCUUCGAAAUCGUUCAAGCUUGAACUUGAACAGCACGAGUAGAAACCUAAGUAGUUUGUCCGUUCUUUUUUUUUUUGAUAAUUCUUCGUGCUGGGGUGAAAAAGAAGAUCAGUGUCUCACCCUCGCCAACUACCAGGUACUGCCACUCUCGCCCUCACCUCUCUCCUCAAAACGGGCAACGAGAGCAACGUAGAGCGAUUGGUAAAGCAGAUUACUUCCUUCAUGUCCGAUAUUUCCGAUGUCUACAAGGUCGAAGUCGUCCGCGCAGUGAAACACUUAGGCCUCCAGUAUCCGGGAAAGUACAAGCAAAUCUUGCACUUCUUGUCCGGCAACUUGCGAGAAGAAGGCUCCGUGGAGUUCAAACGAGACAUCGUGGAAGCUAUCAUCAGUCUGGUGGAAAAACUACCAGCCUCCUCCAAGGAGGGCUUGUUGCACCUAUGCGAGUUUAUCGAGGACUGCGAGUACCCGGACUUGUGUACGAAGAUUCUAGCGUUUUUAGGGGAGAUGGUUCCGAAGCAGCAAGCGCCGGGAAAGUAUUUUUACUUCUUUGUUCUUCUAGAUAUAGAUUAGAAGCUCAGUCUUGUUCUACAAAGCAAUAAAGCUUAUUUUAGCAGGAGGACAUUAUGGAAAAAUAAAGCAAUAUAAUGUGAAUGUGACUCGUCGUCCUUCAGGCCCAGGCGGCCGUUGUUCCUUCGUUCUUGACACUUUUUUCCUCAUGGCACGACAGGUUCGUCCGUUUCAUGUACAACCGUCUUAUCCUCGAAAACGCUCUGGUACGCGCUGCUGCCGCAGACGCCUUAACCAAGGUGGCAUUGAAAUGCCCACCUUUGCGCAACGACAUCGCUACUCUCUUAGAAUGUGGCAAGAACGACAACGAUGACGAAGUGCGGGACCGAAUCAUGCUAUACCGAGAUUCGUUGGCGUCUGAGCCACCGCGUGACUGCAUUGCGGAACCGAUCAGGGAUUUCAGCGUAGACGCUCUAUUCGAACUGUGUCAAAAGCAAAUGGCAGUGCCAGAUCUGCGAGGACAACCAAUCGAUGUGUCAGCGUUGCCAUCACCGGAAGCCUAUGAAGCGUUUAAGGCGCAGCAGGCGAAAGAGGCAGCGGCUAAGGAUCCACCGUCGAUCGAUCCGAUUAGCGGCACGUCUACGGCGCCAGCGAGUGAGGCUGCUGCAGCAGAUCUGAGCAGAACGAAGAGCUCGACACCAUCGGAGCUGAUGAACAAGUUAUGCUGGAUAAAGAUCUUUCAACGAACGACAACAAGAAUAUUAGCAAUGUUAUUUCAUUAGAAGACAAUUGAUUCGCUCCAUCCGGUGGGGCCUGGUCGCGGUGUGGUGGACCCUCAGCCUUAACAUGAACCUUUCUUCUACUAGGUUUUGCUGAAAUACAGACUUGAUGUUGCAUGAGACCCCAUCUCUUCUAGCUCUAACCCCUCUCGUAGCAGCCCUCGGACCAGGCGCUCCAGCCGCACUAGGCGACCACUUGCUGUGCACGAAGGGAACGCCAGUAACCGAAUUAGAGGCCGAAUUUUCGGUGCAGUUGAUCCGACAUAUCUUCGCGAAGCACGUCGUAUUGGAAUUCUACGUGACAAACACGUUAGAUGGAGUCGAACUAGCCGAAUGUUACGUCCAAGUUUCGCCACCAGCUGAAAAAUUUGCGGUUCUAGGAGUAGCCAAAGCAGCAAGCGUCAAAUACAACGAAAGCCAAAGCACGUACUACAACUUUUACUUCUAUUUUAUUAUAUUGCUUAAAGGUUCGCUUUCAUCUUGCACUUAUUCGUUGAUCAUUCAUCAUACAUAAACUUCAACUUCCUGUUCCCUCUACAGCUUCCCCAAAGCUGCCGUCUCAUUCCAUACCAACACAAGUUAGUACCAAAACAAACCACAACAGCUAUGUCGUCCUCGAAAAGCGUGAUGCUAGUUCACCGGUUUGCACGGGUUCAAUGCCUGCGAAGCUCUGUUACAACCAAUUAGAGGAUGGCGAUGAUAUUGGUUAUCCUGACGAGACGGUCUUGGAGAAUGCCGAGGUCUUGCCAGGAAACUAUGUAACGCCAAUGCAGUUGCCGCAGGGCCAUUGCAGACCACUGUGGGAGCAAUUAAAGAGCUUUGGAGAAGCGGUACAAUGAAUUCGCGGCUAUGUCUUCAGGCAAUGUUGUAACAACAAGGUUUUGUUUUUCUUGCAUUACAACAUUACAUAGUUGUUGAUCUAGCCCUCAUCCGAUACGAUGACAAUGAGUCUCAUUCUACCUCACGAUCAUAAUCGAUCUUCUUCCAAUUGCCAACUUGAAAACAUCACUAUCUCUCCCUCCCCCUCCACCAGACCGCGAAGCUCCAACUCGAAUUCGACUCGAUCGAGCGCGCUGUAGCAGGCGUCAUCGCCACUAUGGGCAUGGAGGCGUGUGACAAGACCGAGACGCCAGUAGCUGGUCGUAAUGCCCACGAGCUCUGGCUGGCAGGCACUUUUGUAGGCGGCUUCUCAGUGGUAUGCAGGGCGUUGAUCGGAAAGGAUGGGCAGGGUCGGGUACUGAUGCAGUUGACGGCGGCUUGUAAAUCGAAAGAAGUCGCAGACUGUGUAACAGGCUUCUUUAAGAGUGGAGGCUGAGUGGUGCUAAGAAGCUUCCUCUGGCUCUGACUGGCUCCAUCAGAGCUGGGAAGUACCUUCCAGGAGUUCGAUUUUUUGUCAACAUUCAACAUCUUCACAAAACAUGACAACUCCUCAUACCAACAACAUAAGUAAGUAUUUAUCUUCAGAAUCCAAGAACAGCUAUAGCUAUAAGUGCUAUCCACGACAGCUAUAUCUAUCGUUAUGUUUCACAUCUUUGAAAGGUGAUCUUUCAACAUGUACGUGUUGUACCUCUCUACUUCCCAUUCCCAAAACCUCCAAUUGAGUUUUCCUCCACACUCCAAGUUUUUUUGUGACCCAGUACAACCUCUGAUGGUACGAGGACACUUUCAUGUAUGAAAUAUCAUCAACAUCCUGUUGGCUUCCCUUUGUACCAAGUACCUGUAUUUGUCGAUAUCAGCAUCUCUCUGUUUGACAUUUACAACAAGCAAG